UUGGUUCCAGGGCCUCACGAAGGCUGAGCCAUGGCGUCCCUGCAAACCUUUGCUCUUGGUGCCGCGCCGGCGCCGCCGGCGCCUUCGCGCGGGGGUGUCGCAUUGGGCCGCAGGGUGGAGGUGAAGCCCAUCAGUGCCGGCGACAGCAGUGGUGUCUGGCGUCAGGCGUCCUUGCUUGCAGUGCCAGCUGUGGUGGCAGCCGGCCGCAAGAGAUCGCGGGUGCUGAGGCGGAGUUGGGCCAAAGGCAGAAACUUGGUGGGGACCAACACCAAGGAGACCUCCAACGAGGCACCCAGCGACAAGAGGAUCUCUAUCCUUGGCUCGACUGGCAGCAUUGGCACGCAGACCUUGGACAUUUGCAGACAGUUCCCUGGGCGAUUUAAGCCGGUGGCACUGGCCGCAGGUCGAAAUAUUGAGCUCCUGCUGGAACAAAUCAAAGAGUUUCAACCACAAAUGGUGGCAUGCGAUGAGUCGAAACUCGAGGAACUGAAGGAAGGUGUAAAGGACUUGAAGAUUCCAGACUACGACCCUGAGCUCCUCAGUGGUCCUGAGGGCCAAAUCGAAGUGGCGCGGCAUCCGGACUGCAAGACGGUGGUCACUGGCAUUGUGGGCUGUGCUGGGUUGAUCCCCACCAUCGAAGCCAUCAAGGCGAAGAAAGACAUCGCCUUGGCCAACAAGGAGACCAUCAUCGCGGGCGGCCCGGUGAUUGCUCCUUUGAUCGAGGAAUAUGGCGUCAGCAUGUUGCCUGUCGACUCCGAGCAUUCGGCGAUCUUCCAGUGCAUGCAAGGCAUCCCCAAGGGUGGCGUGAAGAAGAUCAUUCUGACCGGCAGUGGUGGCACCUUCCGCGACAUGUCCCUUGAGGACAUGAAGAAAGAGGAUCCGGAGGUGUUGCGACAGCGUUCCACCACACAUCCCAACUGGGACAUGGGCGCCAAAAUCACAGUGGAUUCGUCCACCAUGAUGAACAAGGGCCUUGAGGUGAUUGAAGCGCACUGGCUGUAUGGCGUGGAAUACGAUGACAUUGAGGUGGUGAUCCACCCUCAGUCGAUUGUUCAUAGCGCUGUGGAAUGCCAGGAUACGGCAAUUUUGAUGCAGACGGGAUGGCCUGACAUGCGUUUGCCCAUCCUCUAUGCCCUGUCGCAUCCCUCGCGCGUGCCGGCGGAUCUGCCGAAUCCUCGUGACGGACGAAACUUUGACGACUGGUGGAUUGGUGAUGGAAAGGAUGGGAAACUCACCUUCGGCAAACCCGAUUUGGAGAAAUAUCCAUGCAUUCGCCUGGCGUACAAAGCGGGUCGCAUUGGUGGCACCAUGCCUGCCAUCCUAUCGGCGGCCAAUGAACAGGCGGUGGAGUUGCUUCUGACCAAGGAAAUCGACUUUUUGGACAUCCCAUCUGUCCUAGAGAAGGUCAUGGAUAAGGCAGAAGCUGAAAAGAAGGCAGACCCCCUCCUUGAGGGAUGGGGCUGGUGCUGCCUGGCUUCGGCUUGGCAUAGUGAUAGCGUGGAGCAAACCUUGCAGAAGUUGAAGUCCUUGAAAUUGAAGGAUCAACGGAGAGCUCUGCGUUUUGUAAUCAAAGGGAAGGACUUCCGCUUCGCCACGUCCAAUGAGGCCAUCGGCUUCCUACAGCCCUUAGCAGAUCAGAACCUGCUGCUGCGUGCGAAGGGAACGACGCCCAGUCCUGAGUGCCCGGCGGCCGUGCCGCACCAUAGUGCCUUGCGAUGUCCGGAAGGACAUGCCAUCCACAGAAAAGGCGACCCCUUUGGGUGGUGGCAGGACAAGAAGACGUGCCACGCCUGCAAUAAAAGCUUUGGGCCGCAUACCAGCUAUUGGCGAUGCACCCACAACUGCAAGUACAAUGUGUGCCACCAUUGUUUUCAGAUGGCUGCAUGCAACGAAGCUCAACAGAUGUUGGAGGGCUCCUACGAUAGCACGGAGUGUGGCAGCGACAGCGCCGAGAGCACGAUGGACUUCAGGGUGUCCUCCGGAGCCUCUGUCGAGACGUGGCACUUUUGGGCCCAUCGGCCCUGGCCGAUGCAGCUGGAGCAGCUGGCGAAGGCGUUUGAGGUGCCCCAUGCAGUGUUGAUCCAUAGUCAGGGUUUAGAGCUGGAAGUGAUCCAAUCCAUCUCGCAGUUGCAGGCCUUGCCGGGCACCGCGCAGCUCACCCUGGAGACACCCGAAGCCUUGCUGGCGCAGCUGCUGCGGGACACCACGGCACUGAGGCACCUGGUGUCCACGUUGCAUCUCGGCCUGGACGUCGGAUCUGGGGAAAUUACAGCGAACAACGACCUGAGGUGUGCAUCGGAGGAGCUGGCGGCUGAAGGAAUCCGGCAGGAUGCCCUCCGCAGCCUGCUGAUGCACCUCACCGACGCCGACAGCUCCACGGUGCCCCUGGCGGCUGCAGGACUCUGCGCGCUCUUCAAGUGCCAGGUGGGCACAGUUCGGGCACAACUACUGGAUCUGUGGCCCGAGUUUGGCACACCAUUGAUGUCAUGCUUGAUGCGCGACAGCAGCGACGGAGUGGCUCCAGUUCUGAUGUGGCUCCUGCAGGAGCUUGAAAUCGCCGUCGACACGUUUCACAAAGUUGCCGUGGAGCUUGAAGGCGGCUACCUGACCCUGUCGCGUCGCCAUCCAGCCGCCCUGCAGCUGCUGCUGCAGCGGGCGGAAGGGCUGGGCGCUGAGCACCUGGUCGAGGCCAUCGAGCAGCAGUGUCCCGAGAUCAAGGUGGAAGGCUUGGAUUCCGAGUUGCUGAAGCUGUUGUUGGCUUCUUGGCCCUCGGAUGCUUCAGUAGCCUUCGGGCAUUCCUGCGGUGGUUCACAGAAGUUGGUGCAGCAGGGAAAGUGGUUGAAGGAAGAGGAGCAGCACUUCGUGUCGCAGCUGCAGCAGAAGCUCCGCUGCGCCGUGCGCUCGUUGAAGGCCAUGGUACCCUUGGUGUCCCUGGGAGAUGCCCAGCUGGAGAAGAGCUUGCAAAAGAUCGUGGUGGAUGGUUGGGAUUCCACAGAAUGGCCUGAUGGUCAAAAUCUCUUGCACUUCCUUUGCGAGCACCAUGGCGACGCCUCUGCGGUGCGCUUGGCGGCGGAGCUCUGUCCCAACUUGGAGGUGCGUGAUGGGCAAAACUUGCGGGCCAUGGACUAUGCUCUGAGGAAUCCCAAUUCAGCAGUGGCUGAGCAGCUCCUUCUGGUGAGCCAAGAGCGCUUGGGCCAAAGUUUCCUCGAGGAGCACCAGUCGCAUGCUACCGGGGGCGGUGAUGAAUUGCCACUGGAAGAGGAGGAUGUGCUGAAAGAAGAUGUCUUCAAGACGGACAAGGACGUUCCUGAGGUGCUGAACGUCGGCGGAACUGGACUGGAAACCGAUCAAAGGGACGAUGAUCCCAGUCACAACAGGGCGACCAGCACGACCAUUGGUCGCGGCCGCCAUGCCGUCACCCCUGAUACUACGGGACGGAACGCCGGAGAGCGCCUGGGACGGGAUCGGGUGGGGAUCAUUGGGGAUAUGGGAUGGAGAUGCGUUGCCGCCGUGGCAACGAAGGAGUCUAUCAAUGGCCAGGAAUUUGAUGGAGUUUGUGACCUCAAGCAGGAGGCCAAUGGGUCUAAUGAUAUCGAGGAGGUGAAAGUGGAGGAGGUGAAGGAGGGUGUUGAGGAGGAACUGAGCCUGUGGACCCGAAAGAACUUUGGUAUUCCAUUCACGGGCUUCAUUUGUGGUUAUAUGCUCGGUCUGCUCAUGGGCACACGCUAUGGUUUCUUCUUGGGUUAUCUGGGACUGGAGCCAUAUGUCAUGUUGGCUGCAGGGAGCAUUAUGAGAAUCCCGGAAGUUUUGCUUCUACCGCUGGGCAUUCUGACGGAUUCCUUUCCCAUUUUUGGAUUGCACCGCAAGCCCUACUUGCUCAUCGCAUGGGCAAUUGUUGGGACAGCUCUGCUGAUGCUUUCUCUGUGGCCUUUGCCGGACCCCUACUAUUGCAUAGGUCCAGAUGGGAACUACAAUUAUUUGCUACCGCCCUGCAACCCAGGGGCUCAUGAAGCGAAGAACUUCUAUGUCGCUUGCUCGGUGUUGAUUGCCUUUGGCCUCGCUUUGGCGCAGGUCUCAGGGGAUGGUCUGAUCAUUCAGUACUCCCAGAAGGAACCCAUCGAGUCCCGUGGCAAGAUCAAAGCUGAGAUCAUGAUGAUGAUUACCGCUGGAAUGCUGACGGCCAACCUCACCGUGGCCUUUCUGAUGAACAGUAAGGAAUACCUUGGCACCUUUGAUUGGGGACUGGGCUACGAUGGGAUCAUGAUCAUCGCCCUGUCUUUUGUGUGCCUGCUCUUUGUGGCCACUGUCUUCUUCGUCCGUGAGCCCAAGAUGGUGAGGCUACAUCGAUCAAGAUCAACAAUCCGCUCAAAUCUUCGGGAUUCGUGGACGUUGAUGAAAUCUGGCGCCUUCAUGGGGAUUUUGAUGUUUGGCUUCAGCACACAAAUGAUGGUCCACAUCAACACCACCGCUGGACCCUUGGUGAAAUCCCGCUGGGCAGAGGUCAAGGUACUCCCCGCACAGUUGUAUCACAUGGGCAGCAGCGUGGCCGAGAUCGCUGGUGUUUUUCUGGUGAAGAAGUACUUGCUGCAAUCCAGUUGGCGUCGUAUCUUCUUCUCAGCCUGUGUGUUGGCGGUGAUCUUAGAUGCCAUUCCAGCUUUCCUCACCGUCUUCGGCAUUAUUCGCAACCAGUACUUUUACUUGGGCGAAGAAAUUCUAGCAGCAAUACCUAUGGCUGCGAUUAAGCUGGUCUCAGGUUUGGUGCUGAUUGAAAUGGCUGAACCAGGUCGAGAAGGAUUAUCCAUCGGCCUCAUGGGCACGGUGACGCAAGCAAGUGCUCCUUUUGGCACAGCCAUCAGUAAUCAGAUUUUCGCACUUUUCCAUCCGAACUUAUCCGACGUGCGGAACUUUGAGACCGAUUCCGACGCCUUUCGCCGCACGGUGGCAUGGUCAUAUGUCGUGAGUUAUGUCACGACCCUGGCGUCCUUCUUCUUGGUCUUCUUGAUUCCCGACCAGAAAGUGGAAGCACAACAGCGAAAGGAAAAUUGGGGACAUAAAAGAAGCUGCUUGGUGGAUCUUGGAAACCGUGACCAAAAAGACCAGAAGGACCAACUUGGAGUCCACUGCAUGUAUGCCUUGGGUGGGAGGCAAGGGAUGCUGAAUUAUCCAAAUUGGUUGAAGGCCGUGGUGGUCUUGAAGGCCAAGUCUCGUCUCGGGCUUCGUACAAUACGACGUGGUACGCUGCAUGACCUGAGCUUGUUCUUUCAUGCCUCAAGGCAAAUGAUUUGCGGCCUCAGACUGAUGGGCAGCGCAGAUGGCGAGGGUCCAAAAUCGGCCAUGGGACCGGGGCCAUGGGACAGGCCUCCAACUGAGCACGGCGAGGCCGAUCCACCAGGGGGUGAAGGCGACGCGCCACAACGAACGCAGCUGGGCGCGCUGUUCAUGUUGCGAACACGGCUGGCCAAGGCCAUGAAGGAGAACGACCUUCUUCGGGAGAAGGUCGGAGAGUUGGAGCUGCUACGAACCCGCCUGGCGAUUCUUUCGGAGAAGCCCCAGGGGGCCCCAGCAGCCGAGAGAAUUCACAUGGCGCCAGCGCCAGCGUCCGCGACGCCGUCGAGUGCCGAAGGCCAUCAUUCGCUGACAACGGUGAAGGAGUUGAAAGAUUUGCCGACAGGCUGUUUGGAGUCAAGUUCCACGUCCACAGAGGACGGCGAGACGGAGACUGCCAGCCACCCCGAGACAGCCGAUGACGCAGAGCUUCUCGCCGAUGGGACCACAGAGACGGAGAGGAUGGUGGACACUGCACCACCAAUGGCGACGCCGGAAGCGACGCCGGAAGGAAGCGACAUUGUCGCAACCCCAACAAAAGUGCCACCGAAGGGUAAGGGCAAAGGAAAGGGCAAGGCUCCCGCUCCAACCGCUCCAGGGACCCUUUCGGGGUCAGGAAGUGACGCCGGAAAAGGUGAAGCGAAAGGCAAAGCUAAAGGCAAAGGGAAGGUUUCAGCUGUUGAACCCACCAAGCCCGAGGUGAAGCCUGCACAGGACCUGAAGACCAUCCCCUGGACGCGGUAUGUCGUUGGGGCUCAGAUCACCGAGGGCACCAUUUGGGACCAGGUGAACGAAGUCUAUGAGCACGACCAUAUCAUGGAGGCACUGCCCAUGGAUGAGAUCGAGAAACGCUUUGGCAAAGCCACUGGUCAAGGAGUGGCUGUGGUAAAGAAGGAGGUGAAGAAACCCAAGACUGUGAAGUUGUCCAGCAUUGCGCAAGAGCAGCGCUUUCAGAUCGAAGUCUGUCUCCGAACUUUGCCAGUGGGUCUCAACACAGGAAGCAAAGCAGCACGUGCCAUUCAGGACUUGGAUCGCAGCGUUAUGAGCUGCGAAGCCAUGAGUUCACUGCGACGUUUCCUGUGCCCUACAGAUGAGCAGGAGCAGGAAUUGAGGGCCAAACGCCGAGAAAGAUCGGAGACGCCAGAACCUUUGAUUUGGGACCCCGUGGAGCAGUACAUGGAGGAGUUGCUGGUCAUCAGUGGCUGUUCGCUGCGGCUCAGUUGUUGGGAGUUUUUGUACAACCUGUCCGAGCGGCUAGCUCAACUGCAGGAGAAUUUGCAGCGCUUCGAACGUAUGGUGCGUUGCUUUCUGACGUCCACGGAGAUUCCAGUUCUGCUGAGUUUGGUGUUAGCUUUUGGCAACUAUCUCAACGGUGGUAAGAACGAGAAACGAUUGGGACGUGCCGAUGGCUUCCAUGUGGAGCUUUUAGGUCGACCUGGGGGAUUGGACCUGGUGAACGACACCCAGGGCCGUAAUGUGCGCCAAUUGAUCUUUGAGACCUUCUGCGAGAAAUAUCCCAGUCACUCAGAACGCCUUUUCGAAGAAUUGGCGCCUGUGUUCGACUUGGUCCAACGCCGCAUCGGCAAAGAUGCCCAAGGAGUUCCGGCACUAAGGAAAAGUGUCAGGGUGGAGAUCGAAGAUUUGGACAAGCAACUGAGUCAGUUGAAGUCGGAGUUCACAAAGAAACAUCAUGAGAUGAAGGAGUGCCUGAAACUCAUCGACAAUCCCGCCGAAAAGUUUGUGAUCGAGAUCCCGAGAGAGUUCGACGAUGCCAAGCAACAUAUCGACGACCUCAUCCGGAAGAAGGACACCACGCUGCAACAAUUCAAGGUGGUCUUGGCUAACUUCAAAGCUGAGACGUACCGUGGAGAUUCCAUCGUGGUGGACGGCCAACUCAAGGACGGAAAUCCCAAGUCCGAGAUGACCAGCGAAGUGUGGUGCAAAAUUUGGGAUAACUUCUUUGUGCCUCCGGAGCGGGUUCUGAGCUUCGACGCCAAGCGGCAGAAGUCCUUGAUCGAACCGCGCUUCUGCAAGGCACAGGGAAGGGAUGGGCACCGAAGAUGCAGACAAAAAUGA